AUGCCAGUCCAAUUUGGCAAGUUCAACGCCAUCUGUGAGACGGCGGCGCUCGUUAUCUGCCCCCUCGUUGGAACCGACCAGGGCGUCGAGCCCAGCUGCUACAGCAGAAAUGUCGAUGUCGGCGGAACGCUCAUUUUCCAGCCUUCAACAUGCUUCGUGCAUAUCGUCGCAAUAAUCAUGACUGCGAUUAUGAUCUACCACAUCCGCUCAAAGUACACCGCGGUCGGCCGCAAGGAGAUCGUGAUGUUCUUCUGGAUGUAUGCGGCCAUCGAGCUGCUCGCCAUCUUCCUCGACUCUGGCAUCAUUCCCACCGCAAACGCCGUCUACCCCUGGUUUGCAGCAAUAUACACGGGGCUGGUAGCCUCCGCAUACUGCUGCAUCCUCAUCAACGGCUUCGUCGGCUUCCAGUUCGCGGAGGACGGGACACCGCUGUCGCUGUGGGGCCUGCGUGGUGCCUGCUUCGUCCUCUGGGCCCUCGGCUUCUUCCUCGCCAUCGCGACGUUCAAGAACGUAGCCGGCAUGAGCCCGACGUCGACGCUGCCGCUGUUCAUCAUCUACAUCGUCUGGCCCGUGGUAUGCGUGGCGAUCUACAUCGUCUCCCAGCUUAUCCUCGUAUUCCGUACACUCGAUGACCGCUGGCCGAUCGGCGACAUCAUCUUCGGCACGGGCUUCUGGGUGCUCGCGCAGGUUCUGCUGUUCGCCUUCAGCGUUACCAUUUGCGACGCCAUCAAGCACUACAUCGACGGCUUGUUCUUCUUCACCCUGUGCAUGCUUCUUAGCGUCAUGAUGGUGUACAAGUACUGGGAUAGUAUUACGCGCGAGGACCUCGAGUUCUCGGUCGGAUCAAAGGCGGCUGUUUGGGAAGUCAAGGAUCCGCUGCUCGCUGGCUCGUACACAGACGAGGACGCAUCCAGCAACUACCAUGCGCCGUCACAACAGUACGGCUAUGGCGGUGGAACGCCUAGUCUUGUCGGCGGUGUCAGCGGCAAGCAGCUGUAUGGCAAUGCAAGGGGUUACCCGCCAAGCUCGGACAGAUAUUAG